GGCGUGGCGUUCGAACAAUGGUUGCGGCUGCUGCCGACGUUCAAAUUACAACAGCAACAACAAGGGGCGACAACAACGACGACAUCGACGUAGCGGCAGUACAAGCAGCAGCAGCAACUACUACAGCAGCAGCAGCAGCAGCGAGGAGCACUGCGGUAGCGACAGUGUUGCCAACGUCGCCAGCAAGCGCAAAUAGUAGCAACGACAACGGCAACGACGACGACAGCAACAGCAUUGAGUUUGCAGCAACCGUCAGCAGUACACAAGCAGCUGCUUCUAAUCUAAAUUAUAACAACAACAACAACAACAACAACAGCAACAGCAGCAGCAGUAAUACUGAUAAGUUUGUUCAUAACACAGCAAGCAACAACAACUGCAACACCAUGUCGGAUGCAACAGUUGCUGCCACAGAGCGAGCCAAGUCACCAACAGAUGCAACAACUGAAGCCAGCACAACUCCCAAUACAACUGUGGCACUCACUAAAAGCGCCGUUAGUCAACGCAAUGUGGACAUACGCAUAGAACGUACCAGCAACAUGGAAGCAGCCACCCAGCAGCUAUCCAAGAAGGUCCUUAAGCUCGAUCUGGGCGCUAAAAAUUUGGAUGAAUACUCACUCAAGUCGCCCAAGUCGCCGAUUGCAGCACGUUUGCCGCAUCAAACAUCAUUGACGUCAUCGGUGGACGUUGAGGAUCGGAAAACAUUACGAGAGGCCUUAUACCAGGGUAUAUUUCAUCGACAUCGUCGCACCAUAUUUGCCGUUGGCAGUUUCUUACGUAUGCUGCGUAGCCGUAAUUCUCAAUAUAAUACCAUACGCAGCUCAUCGGAGGGUGAGGACAUAGAUGAGUCAACGCAACUCAACUCAACUCACCUCAACUCAACAACUCACCUCACUCCAACUCUUCUAGCCUGUGCAGAUAAAAACGGAUCUGAAUGACGCCUUAUCUAAGCAAAGAAAAAAAUUAAUUAAAACAAAUGAAAUUCAAAUAAACUUAAAGCCUUUUUCAUAUGUAUGUAUGUAUGUAAGCUAACUAAA